AUGUCAGAAAACGCCAAAAGGAACCUCCUGGCGGAAGGAUCUGAUAUGUCCUCAAAGAAACUGCCAUCCGUGCAAACGGACGCGUCGGUCACAGUGGCUGCACAGAAUCGGCCGCAAGAACUUCGUGCCCACGAGGAAUACGCGCUUGUGCGAGAGGAAGACAACACAGCCACAGAUUUCUGUGACGAGAGCAUUGAAGAACAGGCACAGGACAGUCCUACAGACAAGUCAUGUGGUGAUACCUUCAACGAGAUCUCAGUCUUAAAGCGACAGCUUCACUUGGAGAGAAAGAAACGAGCAAAGGCUGAGACGGAAUGCAGUAACCUGAAGCAAUCUCUCAGUCAACUCCUCAUGGACGAUCAACUGCAUGCAUUAGAGAAGGGAACAAUGAGAGGAUCUGCUUGGAGCCCGAGGACAAUUCAAGAGUCCCUCAAGGUCAGGUUAGCAUGUGGAGCACGAGGAUAUGACUACCUGAGGGACAAAGGGUGGCCGCUACCUGCAGACAGGACACUUCAAAAGCAUAUUGAAGAUAUCAAGUUUACUCCAGGGAUCCUUGAGGAUAUGUUCCCUGCGCUGGAAGCAAAGGUUGCAACAUUCGAGCCAGAGGACUGCUUUGCUGUGCUGUUACUGGACGAAAUUCAGCUGGCACCGGGUCUAGAUUAUGACUGUACAACGCAUUCAGUAACUGGACGUCCAACGAUCCCUCCUUCAGACCCAACAACUGAACCCAUUUUGGCAACACAUGCUCUGGUUUUCAUGCUUGCCGGUGUAAAAACAAGAUGGAAACAAACAGUGGCAUACCAUUUCACAGGUAAAUAUCACUUUCUGUAUUGUCCUUAG